AUGGUGCUGCUGUCAGGGCACGGCGAGCAGCUGGCCGGGGAGCGGGUCUGCCCGCCCGCCGCCGCUAAGGAGAUGCCCGGCGCCGAGGAGGAGAGCAGCCCUGAGCAGGGGGCGGCGGAGGCUGCCGCCGAGGAGCCGGACGAAGUAGAGGAGGAAGAGGAUUGCGAGGAGUACGAGGACUUCUCCGAGCUGCCCGACACCUGCAGCAUCGCCUCAGACGACUCCUUCUACCCUCCUGGCGGGCUGGACGACGAGGACCUCUGGUCCCUGGAGGGAGACGAGCGCGACAGCCCCGAGGCGCUCAGCCUCUUCCGAGCGUGCUGCACCAACAACAGCAUCGUGCUGAAGGCGCUCAUCCGCCAAGGCCCCCAGGAGGAGGAGGUGCAGGAGGCCGACCGCAACCGCAGGAAUGGUCUUAUCAUUGCCUGUUACCAAGGUUAUGUGGAUAUUGUAAUAGCCUUAGCACAAUGCCCUCACCUUGAUGUGAACUGGCAGGACAACGAAGGGAACACAGCUCUAAUUACAGCUGCACAGGCAGGGCACAUAACCAUUACAAACUAUUUGUUGAACUAUUUUCCUGGGCUUGAUAUUGAGAAGAGGAAUGCAUUUGGAUUCACAGCACUGAUGAAAUCUGCAAUGCAGGGUCGAACAGAAUGUGUGAAAGCCUUGAUGAUGGCAGGGGCAAAUGUUCAUGCAACUGACCCAAGCCGUGGACUGACUUCAUGGGAAUGGGCUUGUUUCACAGGAAGAUCAGAAUCUGCCUUCAUCAUGCAGAAGCUGAUGGACAGGCCAUGCCCAGAACAGUUUUCUGAUCAAUAUAAACCAGAAUGGCCAAAAAUGAAGGAACUUCUUGCCAAGGCUGCAGAGACAAAAAGCUGUUUGCAGAAGAUUUCUGAGUGCGUAAGAGCAGCUGUCUCAUUCCGGUCUUUCUAUGGCCCAGAAGAGGAUGGGGUCCUUGAUCACAUGGUGAAGGUGACAACAAGCUUGGGAAGUCCCUUCAUCACUCUGGCAUGCCGGACUGUGUGCCCAGGCAGCCCACCUUGUGUGGGGAAACGCAGACUGGCUGUGCAGGAAAUCCUUAGGAAGCAGAGAGCAGAGGAGAUCCGAUCCCAAGGCAAAGAUCACGUUAACAACUAUGAGAAGCUCUUUGAGAACUCCAAAGUCACAGUGAUCUCCAAGAAGAAGGAGCGUCGAGCUAGCCUGCAGCCCAUCAGCAUUGCAAUGUCCCAAGUAAGCACAGUAGCUACGAGGAAAGCAAGCCUCCUGCCACUCCACCUACUUCGACGGAGCAGUGUCCGGCCGGGAUUUGUCAUCCCCAAAGUCCGUGUAAGCAAGGCACCUCCACCUACCUUCCAGCCAGAAAAGGCAAGAAGGAGGAGCAGUGCAAAGGACGACCCCUAUCUGCAGAUUCCCAAAUGGAGAUACAAGGAGUUAAAAGAGGAGCGGAGAAAGGCAGAAGAACUGGAGAAGAAUAGAGCAGCAGAGGCUCAAAAGCCAAGGCAGGUGUCUCCUUCCCAGAGCAGGACAUGA